GUCAACAAUUUGUUUAGAACAUCUACAAACUAAAUUCUUUUUCCCUAAAUUCAAAAUUCUCUCGUUGCUCGGAUAGUUUUCGCCCAAAGACCAUGAACCAAUGCCGGCUCAAGAACACGAUGCUGCUAAGAAUUCCAUUCAGGGCCCAUGUGCCACUGAAAUGGCUGAGAAGCAACAACUCGGCGCUGCAGUUGACGUUAACCCAGCGGCAGCUGAAAACCGAUUCCACUUGCAAGGCACCAAAAUCACCCGCUAAAAGCAAAGAGGCCGACAGUAUGCUCAAUGGCAGCAAUGCCAUUUACAUUGAGGGACUGUACCGGAAAUGGAAGGCCAAUCCCAAGUCCGUGGAUCCAUCGUGGGAUGCCUAUUUUAGCGGCAAGCCACGCAGCAUGUCAACGAAGGGAUCCGAUAAGCGAAAGCAUCGGCGUCCCCCCAUUGCACCGUCGCCAGCGAGAGUUCAAUCUCGAUCGGAGCUCCCGGCACGGAAUAUAUCGACAACGAACCCGACCACGUCUGCAGCGGGUGCGGCGGCUCCCCCAGCAAUGGAUUGGAAGUACAUCGAUGACCAUCUGACGGUGCAGGCCAUCAUAAGGGCCUAUCAGACGCGCGGCCACUUGGCCGCCGAUCUUGAUCCGCUGGGCAUUGUCCAGCCGCAUGGUACGACUUCCGUAGACGGCUCCAAGCGGAAUGCCACCGAAUCAGUGCUCCGGCAACACUACUCGUAUGUGUUCAACGAUCUCAAUGCCACUUUUAAGCUGCCCUCGUCCACGCUGAUUGGCGGCAGUGAGCAGUUCCUGCCGCUCAAAGAGAUUCUGGACCGCUUGGAGCGCAUCUACUGCGGCUCCAUUGGCGUCGAGUACAUGCAGAUCACAUCGCUGAACAAGACCAACUGGAUACGAGAACGCUUCGAGAAGCCGGACGCCAUCGACUUCAGUCCCAAAGAGAAAACCUUAAUACUGGAGCGCCUGACACGCUCCACGGGCUUUGAGAACUUUCUGGCCAAAAAGUUCACCUCGGAGAAGCGUUUCGGACUCGAGGGAUGCGACAUUAUGAUACCCAUCCUCAAGGAGAUCAUCGAUCGCUCCACCUCCCUCGGCGUCGAGUCAGUAAUGAUAGGCAUGGCCCAUCGGGGGCGACUCAAUGUGCUGGCCAACAUUUGCCGCAAGCCCAUUGCCGAUAUUCUGGGACAGUUCCAUGGCCUAAAGGCCGCCGAUUCGGGUUCGGGCGAUGUCAAGUACCAUCUGGGCCUGUACAUGGAGCGCUUGAACCGGCUGACCAACAAGAAUGUGCGCAUCACCGUGGUGGCCAAUCCCUCGCACUUGGAGUACGUAAAUCCGGUGGUGCUGGGCAAGGCCCGGGCCGAGAUGUACCAGCGCGGUGAUGUCACUGGCAGUAAGGUGCUGCCGAUUAUCAUCCACGGCGACGCCUCCUUCUGUGGCCAGGGCGUUGUCUACGAGUCGUUGCACUUGUCGGAUCUGCCCAACUACACGACUCACGGCACCAUACACGUGGUGACCAACAACCAGGUGGGCUUCACCACAGAUCCGCGCUUCUCGCGCUCCUCCCGCUACUGCACGGACGUGGCCCGAGUCGUGAACGCCCCCAUCUUCCAUGUCAACUCUGAUGAUCCCGAGGCGUGCAUCCACUGUGCGCGCGUCAGCACCGAUUAUCGUGCCAAAUUCCACAAGGAUGUGGUCAUUGACAUUGUGGGCUACCGUCGCAACGGGCACAACGAGGCGGACGAGCCCAUGUUCACCCAGCCGCUGAUGUAUCAGCGCAUCAGGAAGCUGAAGCCCUGCAUGACCCUCUACUCGGAGAAGCUGAUCAAGGAGGGUGUGAUAACGGUGGCCGACUACAAGGCCAUGAUAGCCAAGUACGACAAAAUAUGCGAAGAUGCGUGGGAGGAGUCCAAGAAGCUGUCCACCUAUAAGUAUUCCUCGUGGAUUGACUCGCCCUGGACGGCCUUCUUUCAGGGCCGCGACAGACUGAAAAUGUGCCCCACGGGCGUCAGCUUGGACACGCUCAAGAAGAUUGGCGAGAUCUACUCGAGUCCGCCACCCAAGGAGCACAAGUUCCAGGUUCACAAGGGUAUUCUGCGUAUUCUGGCGCUGAGGAGAAAACUGGUCGAAUCCAAGCUGGCCGACUGGUCGCUGGGGGAGGCUUUCGCCUUUGGCACGCUGGUGAAGGACGGCGUACACGUGCGGCUGUCCGGGCAAGAUGUGGAGCGCGGCACGUUCUCGCAUCGCCAUCAUGUGCUGCACCACCAGUCCCGUGACAAGGUGCGCUACAACUCCAUAGAGCACCUGUAUCCCGACCAGGCGGACUACAAUGUGUCCAACAGUUCGCUGUCGGAGUGCGCGGUGCUGGGCUUCGAGCACGGCUACUCCAUGGCCAAUCCCAACUCGGUGGUGAUCUGGGAGGGGCAGUUCGGGGACUUUUGCAACACCGCCCAGUGCAUCAUCGACACGUUCAUCGCCAGCGGGGAGACCAAGUGGGUGCGCCAGUCCGGUAUAGUGAUGCUGCUGCCGCACAGCCUGGAGGGCAUGGGACCGGAGCACUCCUCCGGGCGCAUCGAGCGUUUCCUGCAGCUGAGCGACGACGAUCCCGAUGUCUUUCCGGACACCUGCGACAGCGACUUUGUGGCCCGCCAGCUGAUGGAAAUCAACUGGAUAGUGACGAACCUCUCCACGCCGGCCAAUCUCUUCCACGCCCUGCGCCGCCAGGUGGCCAUGGGCUUUCGCAAGCCGCUCAUCAACUUCUCCCCAAAGUCCCUGCUGCGCCAUCCGCUGGCCCGCAGCUCGUUCCGCGACUUCAACGAGUGCAGCGAGUUCAAGCGCAUCAUUCCCGACGCCAAGACGGCCAACAAGCCCGACUGCGUCACCAAGCUGGUCUUCUGCACGGGCAAGGUCUACUACGAUCUGUUCAAGGAGCGGGAGGAUCACGAGCAGGACGAAACGGUGGCACUCGUUCGAAUCGAACAGGUCUGUCCCUUCCCGUAUGAUCUGAUCAUGAAGGAGCUGGAGCUGUACAAGUCAGCGGAGCUGUUGUGGGUUCAGGAGGAGCACAAGAACCAGGGCUGCUGGUCCUAUGUACAGCCACGUUUUGACACGGCCCUGAUCAAAAGAGAAAACGAAACCCGUUGCAUAUCCUAUGUUGGACGUCUACCCAACUCGGCGCCAGCCACGGGCAACAAGGUGCAGUUUAAAACAGAGUACAAGGCAUUUAUAACCGACGUCUUUGGAGAGAUGACCGAAGCCAACAAGCAACGUCUCGAGCGCAUUGUCAAGGCUCAGCAAGCGAAGGCCAAGGCUGCCACCAAAGCCGGCAAUGAAGCAUUGGAUGCUGCCAAAAAGAGAUCCGAACACUCUUUAAAAGAGAAAGCCAAAGCACCGAAGGCAGCACCAAAGAAGGAUGCUGCUCCACCGAAAGGUGCAGAUGGAAAGUCGCCUCAGGAACCGAAGAAAAAGUGAGUGCUUCCAGAGCCUCUUGAUAAGCAUUUGGUAUAACUUUUUUUGAACGUUUUAUCAAAAUACUGAAAGAAUAUAUACAAAUUUAUUUGCAAUAUCUAUAAAAUAAAAGGGGGAUGGU